AUGAAGGAUGCCCUCACCCGCAAUGAAAUCUGGAGCCUCCUGGCGCUGCUUGUCACCUCUCUGGGGGUUAUCACCAAUACUUUCCAAGGUGACGGCCAACCCUUAAUCACUUCUCUUGCUCUCAGCGGCAUAGCCUUCGCAGCUACUUUUAGUCUAAUACGAUGGCUUGGAGGGGUUUUUGUCAAGGCAGGGCUGAAGGGAAGAGACAUGGCGAAGUUGCGACGCGUUGAACUGUAA